AUGUGUGCGGGAUGUUAUAUUAAAUUGCCGCGAGAGAUUGCGAUGAAGAAAGCGGUGGUUAACGUACAGUCUAAAGACAAUGCAUGUUUCGCGUGGGCAGUGGUCGCCGCUCUAUAUCCCGCAGAAAGAAAGAUGGAACGGGAAUCAUCGUACCCACCUUACGCGACAGUGCUGAAUCUCCGGGAUAUUGAGUUUCCAGUGACUGUGAAUCAAAUUAAAAAAUUUGAACUCGCAAACAGUAUCUCGAUCAACGUGUACAGCAUCGAGAAAAAGAACAACAUUGCCUCGGCACGUCUUUCGGAGCAGAAGCGGGAUAAGCACAUCAACUUGCUAUACGUGGAAGACGGUAACAACAGCGUCGGACAUUUCGCAUGGAUCAAGAAUUUAUCGCGACUUGUCGGUUCACAGUUGAGCAAAAAAGAUCACAAGAAAUACAUCUGUGACCGAUGCCUGCAUUAUUUUAGUUCAGAUGACAAGUUGCAGUCGCAUACGGUCGACUGUCGUGAGAUGAAUGACUGCGCUAUGCGAUUGCCGAGCGAUAAGGACAAGUGGCUCCAAUUCAACAACUUCAAUUGGAAGGAGCGGAUUCCAUUCGUCGUGUACGCCGACCUGGAAUGCGUUCUGGCCAAGACGGAGGAAGAACAACAAAAAUUGUACCAACAUCACCAAAUAUCGACAUGGUUAUGUUUAUUGAACGUGGCAUGCGCGGUGGUCUAA